ACACCAGCACAGCCCGUGGAGGAGCUUCUUCAUCUUCUUCUUCCUCUUCUCUCCCGUUCCCAGCACUGUCUGGCCUGGCAAGAUGAUGAAGUGGAGAAGGAUCGCCAUCCUUGCCACCCUGGAGGCCCAGCUCCCAGCCACAGAUGCUGCAUCAAUUCUCGGCCUCACAGAUCCCAGGCUCUGCUACAUGCUGGAUGGAUUCCUCUUCAUUUAUGCAGUGGUCAUGACAGCCCUUUUUGUGAAGGCAAAGCUCAGCCAGGCCUCUGAGCCCCAGCUGCGAGCAGGCCAGGAUGACGUGUACAACAAACUCUCCCGCGGGCACAGAGACGAUUACGAUGUUCUGGGAGGAAAGCGAGGAGCAGACCCCGAGCUGGGCGGGAGACACCAGCAGAGGAGAAAGAACCCUCAGGACACUGUCUACACUUCACUGCAGAAGGACAAGAUGGGUGAGGCAUACAGUGAGAUUGGAAUGAAGGGAGAGCAGAGGCGGCGAGGCAAAGGCAAUGAAGGUCUCUACCAGGGGCUCAGUGCAGCAACCAAGGACACCUAUGAUGCUCUCCAAAUGCAGCCUUUGCCCCCUCGCUAGGUGGGAGCCUCAGAGGGGAUGGGCAAGAGUGAGAGAUGCCCACCUGCUUUGGGGAGGAGAGGGGGGAAAGCCUUUUUCAUCCAGCACAAGCACUGUGUGUUUCCUGUGUGCAAGAACCUCCUUGGGUUGGUGCACAGAACCUGGACCUGGCCUUUCCUUCUCUCUCUGCUCCUGAAUUAUGUAACUGCUUCUGCUAUUAGAAUGUACAUAUCUGUAAAGUUGUUUCCAAUUAUAGGGGUAGUAGGCUGAUUUUUUUUUGGUCAGGUUUGUGUUGUGGGGACCAGACCACACCUUCUAACAAUCACAGCUAUUUCCAUAAGUCUUCCUUGUCUUCCAGAGUAUUAAGACAUGGAAUUAUGGCUUUAGUGCAUUUAAAUAAUUUGCAAAGAUUUAUUGUAUUUACUUUCUGUAGUAUUUAUCUGAAGACUAUUUCACCCUUUUUGCUUUAAAUUUGCCUUUAAAAAACUGCUUCAGUGGAGGGCAACUUUAUUUCUUUAAUUAUAAAGAGUGACAUGAUGUUACCAUAGUAAAGCAGAGAGGCUGAAAGCCAACUUUCCAGUAGGAAGAAAAUGAGCACCAAUAUCCAAAAAAAGAUCAAGCAAUAGCACUGCCACUCAUCCAUAAAUAUGAGCCAGGUAAGCUGAGUGAGAGACUCCUCUGAAGGCAGAAGAACAAAGAAAACAAAGAGAUGGGUUCCCCUAUUAUCACUUCCAGACAACAAACUGUACAAAUGCCAACAUAAAUGCAGUUUCCAGCCCAGUCUCUCAUGAGGCUGCCUCUAAAAGGUGCAGGUAUCACUCCAAGGAGGUACCAGCUCAAUAGUGCCAUGUGUUUUUGAUGAAUUAAUAAAACAGUGCCACAGUCCCGUGUGUGUGUAGGGAGCAGCAGUGGGAGUGGCACGAGCUCCUUACCUGAGGUAUUCAGCCUGUCUGCACCAGCCUGCACCCAGCAGCACCAUCUCCCAGGGAAGCUGAGGAGGACAGGAUUCCAGCCAGAGCUCCUACACAAUCCCAGAAGCUGGGAUGGGCUGUUGGGAAAGUGCCCAAAGCCAGGUAUCAAAGGGACACUCACCUCCUGCUGCUGCAGCCUCAGUUUUGCCUGUGCUUCACUGCACAGGGAAGGCUGGAGGAAUUCAGCAAGGACAAAUCCAGCCCAGCAACAUCAGGGGUGCUUCACCUCGACUCAGGAGCUGACUAAGCCAUCUCACCAAUCCUCACAGAAGAAGGCUGUGGGAACAAGAGCUGCUGUUCUGGGUGCUGGCCAAAUGAGGUUAUGUCUUCUUUCCAGGGACUGGGUGGGUUAGCAGCAGAAAAACUUGCUGAAAUGGGUGCUAUGCAAGUUCCAAGGCAGUUUUACUUCUUUAAGCAGUAAAACUGUACCUGCAGUAGGUGCUUGUAGCUUUUAAAGAAUAUUUGCAAUAAAUUAAAGAAAAAAAAAAGUAAACUGAGACGUGGUAAUGAAUGCUUCUCGCAAAAAAAAAAUUCCUAGAUCCUUUACUGUUCUCUGCAGUGACAAGAAAAAUUGAGAGAACUGGGUGAUAACUGAGACAGCUGAGCUGAAAAUUACAGUAAAGUUAUGCUGCAAAGCACUUGAUGCAAGAACAAAGAGUGCUGAAAACAGCUUUCUCUUUUUAAAUCACCACAACUGUAUCUGCAAGAUGUAAAAGUCACAUGCUUUAGCAGUGUGAAAUACCAACCUCAUACAACAGGAAUGAAAUUCUUUGUGGGGGGAUAAAAAAAAAAAAUCAUCUUUAUCCUCUUUAUAUAUCAAUGGAUACCUUGAUUUCAAAAAGCAUCCAACGCUGGUUUUGGGGCCACUCCCUGUGGGGCUGAGUCCUCUCUUCGCCUUCAGGAAGCAACUGAAGCUGUUUCUGCUUUUGGGAGAGGAGCUGAUAAAUACAGAAUUAGAACAAAAGCUUCAAGCAGAGUGCAUAGAACCCAGGCUCUCCUCCAGUGUAACAAGACAAAGGGCACCAGAUCAAUCUUCUGGCUCA